UUUAGCCUCGUUUUCAACAUUGCCCACGCUUUGGGUUUUUGUACUCGUGUCGUAAAGUGAAACAACAGAUUUGUAGCAAAUAUGUCCUAUAAAGACGCCAGAAUUUACGUUGGAAAUCUUCCUCCAGAUAUCCGGGAUAGAGACAUUGAAGAUUUGUUUACCAAAUAUGGAAAAAUUCUCAACGUCGAUCUGAAAAACCGAAGAGGACCACCGUUUGCUUUUGUUGAAUUUUCUGAUCCAAGAGAUGCUGAAGACGCCGUCCAUGCGCGCAAUGGUUAUGGCUAUGAUGGUUACAACCUGAGAGUGGAGUACCCUCGGGGCAGUGGGGGAUACAGAAUGGGUGGAGGAGGACGAGGAGGUGGAGGAGGAGGAGGUGGUGGUGGUGGCGACAGGGGAGGGGGCAGGGGCAGCUUCGGACAGGGACGCUUUUCAGCUUCACGGAGGUCGGAGCACAGAGUACUUAUAUCAGGCUUACCGCCAACAGGCAGCUGGCAGGAUUUGAAAGACCACAUGCGUGAAGCUGGCGACGUGUGUUAUGCUGAUGUUUACAAGGAUGGCACUGGAGUGGUGGAGUACCUGCGUAACGACGACAUGAAAUAUGCAGUCAGAAAAUUGGACGACACUAAAUUUAGAUCACAUGAGGGAGAGACGUCAUAUGUGAGAGUCAAAGAAGACAGAGGAUCCGGAGGCGGAGGACGUUCUCGUAGCCGAAGUCCAAGAGGGUCAUCCCCACGCUACGACCGGUCACGGUCACGCUCACGAUCAUAGAGCCUUUCUUCACUCGGCAAAGUGCUGAUGAAAUUCAUGUUGUGAAGUUGGUGCAAAACCAGAAAAAAAAUAUGAAGUGAUAUGCAACAACAGUGUUCAUGAUGUCUACAGUUUUUCCUCUCGAGGGAGGUGGUUAACUGGUUUGUGCCAUCCCAGGACUAUACAGCAGACUUUUACUUCCUAUCUAAAGGAGGGCUUCAGACUAUGGUAUGAUCUUGCGUUGAGAUAUAUGAACAAGUCAAUGUUGGCUCAUUUUGUAAUUUGCUGUUUUAAUGUUAAAACACAUUUGACAAAACAUGUAUUUAAGCCUUUAAAACAACCUUUAGGGAAGAUUUUAGUAAAAAAAAAUGAAAUGUAUGACAGGAACAAAAAUCCAUUGUAGAAGUUACCUAACAUCUGGUACAAAAAAAUAUAUAUAUUGAGGGAUUCAUUUCAGACAAUACUUCAUGGCAGCACAAAGUAAACAGAUAAGUUUUCACGGAAUUCAGAUUUUUAUUCUGGUUUCUAUUCAUUUUUCAGUGAAUUAUAUUAUUUUGUAUCCGAUUUGCAGCUCACAGUACCAAAAUGGCCAAGUGAGCUUAUGCCACAGUGCAUCAUCUGUCAUCCAUACCUUAGUCAUUGAUCGUCAACUUUUCAUUUAAUAUACUUAUUACUCCAGAAUGGCUGGAGCAAUUUAGACUUAAUUUGACAUUGAGUGUCCCUGGGUCAAGCAAUUUCAAUUUUGUAUAAUUAAGGGGAGGUAUCUCCCUCGGGCAGGGGGACCUUAUAAAAUUAAAUUGGAAAAUCGGAAAAUUAUGACCUUAUUUGUCAAACAGCAUCCUUUGGCCAAGGAAAUUAUUUUGAAUUGGGACAUCCCUAGGCCAAAGUGUCCUUGUCUUUCCACCCCAAGUGAGACAGUGACAGGAAAGUUUGACAAAUUAUCAAAAUUCUACCAUACCAAUUUUAACAAAUUGUGCAAAAAUUCCAGUCACUGCCCUUACAAAAUGUUAUUUUACGGCUUUGGGUCAAAAAGAAACCUAAGAUGGCCACCUUGGUCUGAAUUGAAUUUAAAAAAAAUUGAAGCCGUCUCUUGGUCUAAUAACUUCAGAUAAUGAUGAGCGAUACAAGCCCCAUGGGCCUCUUGUUUAGAUAUACGAAUUAUAUUAUUGUACAUGUGUUUUAAACUUAUCUGUAUAUAUGGUACUGUUAUAACCAACUGCUUGGCUUCAUAAUAAAAAGAUUUUUUUUUAAUGUUGCCUAAAAUAGCUUGAAAUUUAUACACAUUAUGAAAGAAAAUUAUUCUAUGUAUUUUUUAAUUUUUUUUUGUCUCUGAAUUUUCCUUUCAUAUGAUGCCUUCUGUUUGAAGGUAGCAUUUUUUUUCCUUCAAAAAUGUUGAGUUGAAUCAAAGAAAAACUUUCUGAGUUUUCUUCAGAAAUAUAUGCCAAUCUUUGUAGCGCUAAAUUAAUCAUAGUUUUUUUUACUAAAUCUAAGUGAUUACCCCACAAGCAGCACUAGUAUGACUGAUUUUCUGUUAACUUUGAUUAGAAAUCAAGAUGAAAGUGAAACGGGGUUUUGUUGUCUUCUUGACGAUGUUACCUUAAGGAUCACUUUUGAUUAUAAGCUUGUUGCAUUGGAAUGAUUUUAUCUCCUGUCCAGGUACGAGAUCUUAAUUAAUCGCGGGUAAAAUACAGUACACUGUAUACUGACUAAAUGAUGUGUACUCCAUACAGUCUGUCCCAUUUAAGUUGGUCUCUUGAUUUUUUGAAGCUCAGAAUGAAAUUAUCCAAACAAUUUUCACCAUAAUUAUAAAUACAAAGCUGAUUAAUACCAUUAAUCAUUUUGAGAGACGUUCAGGAAAUUUAUUUAGGCAGUUUGAAUGAUAUCGACAACCAAAAGAAAAAAGUUUAAACUUUUUCUCUUACCUUAAUACUAUAAACUUGACCUUGGAGUUGCAUGUUCAUUAUAAAAAAGUAAAAAACAGAUUGGCAGGAAAGCUAUCAGUUUUUCAAUCUUCAAAAUGAAACUUCUUAAAAAUGAAACUAUUUUCAGUUUCAAAAAUUAGGAAAUUAAAAAUGGGACAGACUGUUAAAACAUGGUAAUAUUUCAACAACUGAUGAUCACUUCUAGCUUGAUAUGUUCAGACAAAAAUCUUGAGUUGAUUUGUCACAAUCGUAAUUCCUGAUUAGCAAAGAGUCCAAGUAUCAUGGUUAAUAUCAGUUUUGAUUCAGUCUGUGAAACAAUUACGGGAUUUAAGGAUCAUUGUUUUUAAUUUAAACUCCUCGCUUAUUCACCUUACAAGUGCUUGAUAUCGGUAACUACAGUCAUCAUAAAUUCAAAUGUCUGCGGAAUAAUUUUUGUACAUAAAAGUGUUUGCUAAUCAUAAUGGCAUGUUAAUUAAUUAGGAAUUGUAUUAUGAAAUUUAGAGAAAGGAAAGAAGUGCAAGGAUAAUUUAAUUUUUUCAUUGAUUUGCAAUUUUUUCUUUAAGUAUGUUGAACGAUGCGGCAUAGCAUUGGUCAUUUAUAAUCUAUAGUUUGGAAUAAUGUAUUGUUCAAAUUUCCAGCAUUUCUAUUACAUUAGCUUGAUGAUGAUGACAUUGAUUCAAUCAUUCUACUUGAGUUAUCUUUCGUUUCAGGCUUCAUGAUGUGUAUUUUAUUAAAAGGAAUUUAUGUCUUA